AUGGAGCACUUGCACGAGAUAUGCAAGUGCCUCAAAACCCUAGUCGACUUCCUCCUCUGCCAUUGCGACAGCCUUCCGAAGCACGACCCCAAGCCAUGGGAUCCUCCCUUCGACUCGUCGCAGCCGAAGCUCGAUCCGCCUCUCGCCGUCGCCGUCGCCGUCUUCCUCUUUUAUUUGCUACUACUCUCUCGUCUCGCUACCACCAUGUCGAGAAGAAAGAAGAUUAGGGAGCCCAAGGUGGAGAAUGUGACGAUUGGGCCAACUAUACGGGAGGGGGAACAACAUGUUAUAGAUUUGUCUGGGAUGGAAACACUUGUUCGUAUUACAGCAAGCAUCAUGAACAUGUUUGAUGGUAAUAAAAUAGGCUUUUUAGUGGUUGUACUUAAUGCUAUUAGACUUGAUUUUGGUUGGAACAAGUUGCUUGUUUACGCGAUUUCAUACAUUAGAACAUUGUAUGCCUUUACAAAUGAUACUCUUGCUAAGUAUUCUAAUGCAACCUCACUUCAAGCUACACUAAGGUUCCUAAUUUCGAAUGGAAAGGCUAAUGGUGGAGAAAUUAUUACAGCUUUGUUUGUUGUAAUUUUGAGCAGCCUUGGACUUAAUCAAGCGGCGAUCAAUUUCUAUUCAUUUGAGCAAGGGAGAAUUGCUGCUUACAGACUUUUUGAGAUGAUAAGCAGUUCAAAUUCUUCUCUUAAUCAGGAUGGAAAAAUUCUCAUACUGAGUGGCUUUUACCAAAAUGUACCUGCUAGAAAAACUGUGGCCUUUGUUGGUAGGAAUGAUUCUAGAAAAAGUAAUAUAAUUCCUCUUAUCGAGUGUUUCUAUGAUCUUACCUUAGGUGAAGUUCUAUUGGAUGGGGAGAAUAUAAAACAUCUGAAGUUGGAAUGUUUGAGCAUCAAGGAUAAUAUAGCUUAUGGAAGAUCUGCUACAUCUGAUCAAAUUGAAGAAGCUGCUAAAACAGUUCAUGCACAUGAUUUCAUAACUUCUCUUGAAAUGGGAUACGAAACUCAGGUUGAUAGGACUGGUUUAACAUUGACUGAAGAAAAGAAAAUAAAAAUCUCAAUAGCUCGUGCGGUGCUUUCAAAUCCUUCUAUUCUUCUAUUGGAUGAGGUCACAAGUGGACUUGAUUUUGAGGCCGAAAAGAUUGUUCAAGAGGCUCUGGAUAUUCUCAUGAUUUGUUACAUUUACAAAAAGGUUAAAAGAUCAAUAUCUGAGACAACACUUGAGCGAAUGUCUAAUUUACUUGGAUCGCUUCCAAUCAUUUCUCAGAAUGAGGAACUAAAAGAACUGCAAAAUGUUGUUACUAAUUUUGAUGGCUAUCAACCAGUUGGUUAUUGCAGGAACAAUGCUGGAUCAGCAUGCCCAACUAAUAUUGCCCAAAUUCCGAAGAAAUGCCUCUGUUUCAACUGA